UACGAUAAAUUGUUGUCACAGGCUGUAUUAAGAACUACACUACAUGGUGUACAAAUAACAGUAUUUGUUGAGUGUGGAGUCAAUCAGACAGUGAUAUUAAUAACGUUAGUUUUAUUCUGAAGAGAAAAGGUUAGUUAAUAGUUAUGGCGACGUCAAUGCUGAGUCCGUUUACUUACACCGCCACCGGAGAUUUAGGCAUUAAGCGAGAAACGAUGCUCCAAAAUGAACUGCUUCUGAGAACAGAAUUGGGCAAACCAAAACGAAGAGGGUAUGGUAGCGGAGGAGGCGAUAUGUAUUUUGGUAGACCCAACGAAAAGGGUACAUUGGGAGCUUCUGAAGCUUUGAGGGGUUGGAGCAGCAUGAAUCAGAAUUCAACACUACCGUUUCAUCGAAAAGAAAAAGCCACCGAAAGAGACUUUUUGGAACUAAACAAAACAGCUGUGAACUCUGGAAUUGUUACUUCUGGAGAGAACUUUGCCUAUAGAUCGAUUAAUGAUAUCAGGAGAAGAACAGCAGGUACAGAAAAAAACAAGACCAAAAUACGUCGUCUGCCACCAAGCAUGGUCUACGGAAUAUCAACUAGACCGUCCACACCAAUUUUCGAUCUUUUAGAGCAUAAAUACCAAGAUAAAUGGCUUCAACAGAGACAACAAGAAGAACUGGCCAAGAAAAAGGAAAAAAUAAAAAAGAAUGCUGGGGUUGUGUAUGAAACUAGAGCCUCAUUAUUGCGUACAUACCAAAAUCCAGUUGAAUCUGGUCCCUUAUGGCAAUUACCUCGUUUUAAAAACAGCUCUAAACCACAUCUCCAAACCUUCAGAACAAAAAGUCAGGAAGGUGAUGCGUUCAAACAGUUUGAUUCAGAUAAAAUUGCACGACAAGGAAACCUUGGACAUGGUGUUUAUGAAGCAGCGAAGAACUGAACCGAAGUAAAUCUUGGUGAAAACAUUGUGUUACAGGAGUCUAACUUAGACUUAGGUAUUGGAAUAAAUAACACAAACUUGAAAGCUUAUGUUUCGUAACAAAAUCAAAUUUUAAAACAAUCUGUGAAUAUCCUGUUCGAAUGGAAAGUUUGUGGAGUGACAUUAUACUAUAUCAGCAUUAUUUACAUAUUUAAUUGUCACAUUAAUUAUUAAUCCAAUCUCUUGUUAUUGAUUUUGUCUCUUGAAGAUAAUUAGCAUUUUACUGUCUUCGCAAUACAAUCAUAUUGGUUUUGUAACAUUGAAAUUGAAUACUGGUAAUUACAUUUGUAAUUAUUACCUUUACAAAUCAUGGAAUUAUAAUAAAAAGCCUUUUUAAUAUUCAGUUAAAUUUUAUGUAUUUAAGUGUAAAAUUAAAAAAGUUAACAAAUCUGGUAGGAAACGAGUGAAUAUACAAAAGCUGUCCCUGUUAUUUUAAGGAAUAUUUCUUUGAAACAAAUGUUGCAUUAUGCUAAUGCAAUAUUUUUUGCAACAUGUUUCCUUUCUCUAGGCUGUGAAUAAAUUUGCAUAAUACACUUCGUGAUAUGUUUAAACUGAAGUUGGUAUUAGAUGUUUUAUUUAUAAUUAUAUAUAUUUAUAUUUAUUUACAACUUGUAUAUAUUUUGUACUACCGGUAUUGACAAAUAACUUACUUUCUAUAGGCCUACCUAUUAUUAUCUUCCGUGCUAUAUGGUUGUGUAUAAACAACUAUAAUUAGCUAUUAAAACAGUGAUUUACAGGUUUUUUUUAUCUUUUCGUAAUUUCGAUAAAAAAACCCUCAAACUAGAGCUUGAAACUAAUAAUAGCCAUUCAAUAGUCUGUGCUAAUGUAGGCCGGUAUCAAAAGAAAAUUUGUCAAAUGGAGCAUAAAAAAUAAUAAUCAAUUAUCUUUGAUUAUCUAUACUAUAUGUUACCUUUGUCUUUAAGGAUUUGUUAAUAAAAUCUACAUUAAAAACA